AUGUCCCCUUCAACAUCAACAUCAGCUUCGACGGCGCCAUCACCGCAACCACCUUCUGACGAUCCGAAAUCAUCAAGAUUACAUAAAGCGAAAGUGAAUUUAUCUUAUUUGGCAUUUGGUUCUCAAGCUGCUGUAGUACCUGCUUCUUUGACUACCAGAUCGGCAUUGACUACCACUAGAUACGCAAUCCGAUAUGUGCUCAAGAGACUGUUGAGAUACGCGAAAUACGCAGCUAUAGGAGGGGCAGUAGCUGUUUUAGGAGGCGGCUUAGUCGGAACAUUAGGAAGUGGAAUCGCCUUUUUCGCUGCUCCUGGUAUAGGUGUAGGAAUGGGAAUAGGUGUUAUCACUGCUAUUACAAAGUUCGGCUGGAGACAUCGUGGAAACUAUUUCAGAGGUGGUAUAUGGGAAGGAUGGAAUGGGAUGAAAGUCCGUGCUAACGAAGGACACGAUGGUGCGAAAGAUGAAGCUUUAGAUGCUGCUUCCAAGGAGGAGAACAGGAAGAAAGAGAAUAAAUCGAAUAGAGCAGAUGUUUGGAUGAGGGUCUAA